UACUUGUAACUAACACACCGACAGGUAACAACUAAUCCAACCACCCUUCUUAUUUAACUCCAUCUUCGUCUCCAUUUUCAAACCACUCGCGACAUUAAAUACUCGAGUGAUCAGAUGUUUUGGUAACUGGCCAGUAGCCAUGCAAUCGACCGGUUACUUGCAAGACGCGGUGGCGCAGUGGAUCCACCCCCUCAUCAAUGCAACUCCGCCGCCGCCGUUGUCACUGCUGUCACCACCGAGUAUCCAAGAGCUUCACCAUCUUCUUCAGGGGGAUUCAGAUUCAAGGUGCUCCUCUCUGGAAGAGCCACGGCAAUUGAAGAGCAGCAGCAGGAGAGUCCUGGUGAUGUGCCCGUUCGCGGUGGUGAAGCCGGACGAUGUGACGCUGGAGGAUAUCAACGCCAGGUUUCUCAGACGGCCACAGCGGUCGGUGCGGCACUCGGCCACGGCGACCGGAGUGCACAAACGCAGACAGGGCAUGCCGGGACUCUCCGGCAAGGCAGUGGUCGCCGCCACGAGGAUCCGCACCGGAGGAAGGGGCACCAUAACGAUCAUCAAAACCAAAUAAGGAGGGAGGGCAAUUUAGCUACAAUCUAAACAUCUCAAAAAUUCAUAUCAAAACAUCGAGAAACAAAGCCACCAACCAACAAACAGUACUUAGUGUGUUUGAUUAACGUAUCGUGUAUGUCUUAUAUGCACUAUAAACAAACAAUUAAUUACUCAUGCUCCGCGUUCUUGGCUGUGCCUUCUCAACCUCCGAAAGUGAGAGUUACGGAACAGAUUAUUGCCAUCCUUAUGAA